AUGGACGCCCUUAAACCAGCCGUCGAUGCCGUCAGGCCAGCCAUCACCUCCAUCACUCACAACCUUCCUGCGCCCAUUCGCGACUUGGGUGUUUCUCUCAUUGGCGACACCUGCUACAAGUCUCUUCUUCUCGACGUCAACAUUGAGGAUGUCGACUGCAUCAAGCUCGGUGUCUCCAAGGCUCUCGGUAUCGGAAUCAUCGCCGCCUCUGCCGUCGUCAAGGUUCCCCAAAUCAAGAAGCUCCUCAGUUCCAAGUCCGCCGAGGGUGUAUCCUUCCUCUCUUACGCUCUCGAGACGGCUUCAUAUCUCAUCUCUCUCGCCUACAACAUCCGAAACGGCUUCCCUUUCAGCACUUUUGGCGAGACUGCCUUGAUCGUUGGACAGAACGUUAUCAUCUCGGUCCUUGUUCUCAACUACAGUGGUCGCGCUAGUUUGGCUGCUGUCUUUGUCGCCGGUCUUGCCGCUGCCGCUGCUACUUUGUUCGCUGAGAACAUUGUUGAUGCGCAAACCUUGGGCCACCUACAGGCUGGUGCUGGUGUUCUGAGUGUUGCCAGCAAGAUUCCUCAGAUCCUCACCAUCUUCCAGCAAGGCACCACCGGCCAGCUCAGCGCUUUUGCUGUCUUCAACUACCUCGCCGGUUCUCUGUCCCGAAUCUUCACAACCCUCCAGGAGGUCGACGACAAGCUCAUCCUCUACGGUUUCAUUUCCGGCUUCGCUCUCAACGCCAUUCUUGCUCUCCAGAUGAUCUUUUACUGGAACGCUCCCUCUGAGAAGGCCAAGGGCAAGCGCAAGGUUUCUCCUAUCGAGGCCAAGCCUGCUGCUACCAGCACUCUGUCUCCUUCGGCCUCUACCACAGCCACUCCCAAGAAGAGCCCUACCACUCGCCGACGUGGUUAG